AGAAAGAAGUCACUCUUGCCACUUGAGACACACUCUCUCUCAUUCUCUUCUCUCUCUCAUCAGCUUGAACCAUGCAAGCUUCCCCUCUGAGAUAGGCACCACCACCACCACCACCGCAGUUAAUUAAAAUACCCAAAUGUCAACCCCGACGUCCCAAUCGGGCCGCGAAGAUCUCCUCCCGACCACCACCGGCGGCAUCUCCCCCCGGCGGCGGUGGCAGAAAUUCAAGUGGAGGGGCGCGCGGCCGGUGCCCCUGGUGGGGUGCGUGGCGGUGGGGCUCCUGAUCCGGUUCGCGGUGCCGAAACCAGGCGGCGUGAGCCAGAAGGGGUGGUCCCUCCUGUCCAUCUUCAUCGUGACCAUAGCCGGGCUGAUCCUGAGCCCGCUCCCCGUGGGCGCCUGGGCCUUCAUCUGCCUGACCCUCACGGUGGUGACCAAGACCCUGAGCUUCUCGGCGGCGUUCGCCGCCUACACGAACGAGGUGGUGUGGCUCAUCAUCACCGCCUUCUUCCUGUCCAAGGGGUUCGUGAAGACCGGGCUGGGCGAUCGGAUCGCCAUGUUCUUUGUCCGGUGGCUCGGGAAGAGCACACUCGGCUUAUCGUACGGACUGGUUCUGGGCGAGCUCGCCAUCUCGCCGGGAAUGCCCAGCUCCACCGCCAGGGCCGGCGGAAUCUUCCUCCCCAUCAUUAAAUCGCUCGCGCUCGGGGCCCACAGCAAUCCCAAUGAUCCCACGGCCAGGAGGCUCGGGGCCUAUCUCAUCCAGUCCCAGAAUCAGAGCAACAACUGCACGAGCGCGAUUUUCUUAACUGCUGCGGCUCAAAACUUGCUGUGCGUGAAAUUAGCGGAAAGCCUGGGUGUGAAGAUUGCAGAUCGAUGGGUGACAUGGUUUAAGGUAGCGAGCAUCCCUGCGUUGGUUUCCCUUUUAGCGACUCCUGCAAUCUUGUACAAGAUUUAUCCACCUGAGAUAAAGACGACCCCCGAUGCUCCUGCCAUGGCUCGCCAUAAGCUGGACCAGAUGGGGCCUGUCAAGAGGGAUGAGUGGAUCAUGAUUGCAACUUUGCUGCUAACUGUUUCACUAUGGGUUGCCGGGGAAGCUCUCAACAUGGCUAGCGUAGUUGCUGCUAUGAUAGGCCUAUCGGUGCUGCUGCUAACGGGUGUUCUUCAAUGGGAAGAUUGCUUGAGUGAGAAACAAGCAUGGGACACUUUGGCUUGGUUUGGAGCUCUAAUUGGCAUGGCAACGCAGCUAACGGCUCUUGGUGUUAUCCCCUGGCUGUCUAACUGCGUCGCCAACUUUCUCAAGUCCCUGUCUCUCAACUGGUUCGGCUCAUUUAGCCUCCUCCAAUUAUGCUACUUCUUCAUCCAUUACUUGUUUGCUAGCCAAACCGCCCAUGUCGGGGCCCUCUACUCCGCUUUCCUUGGGAUGCAGUUGGCCUCUAAAGUCCCUGCCUUACUUGCUGCAUUGGCUUUGGCCUAUAAUACCAAUCUUUUUGGUGCAAUCACACAUUAUAGCAGUGGCCAAGCUGCAAUCUACUAUGGAGCUGGCUAUGUAGAGCUUCGUCAUGUUUUCAUUUUGGGUAUAACAAUGGCUCUAAGUCAGCUUGUGGUAUGGGGGUUAGUUGGAGCUGCGUGGUGGAAGAUUUUGGGGCUUUAUUGAGAGUUAAAUGUGCAGGGGAGCUACCCGUGUGUGCUAGAGAUUCGAUGUUGGAUACUUUGUGCGUUACAUACACUUAAGUGUGUGUAUUUAUACAGGUAGUUGUGUGUAUAUUUCAGGAGCAUAGGUUUCAGAUGUGAAUGUCUAAAGUAGCUCACUUAAAAACAUUGCACAAUAACUCCACAGUUUCUGUAGAAAUGCUCGAUACAUUUUGCAAAUAUUUGCUAAACGUAGUUGUAUUUUACAUCAACUACUUUUGUAAUUUGUAAAUUCAAUAAAUCACUGCACCAAUUAAUCCUA